UUUUCUGAUCGGAAGGCGUUGAGCGACGCACCGACUGAUGCAACGCGAUCGAUAUUGGCCUGAGAGGGAAGCGGCCGGUCCCGCGCGGGCAGAGUGCUCCAGGCUAUUCUGAAGUUUUUUGAAUAAAAGAACCUGUUAAUUGUAAAUAGAAAAGUCCCUUCCAUCCUCCUGAAAAUGGCAAAUGUUCAGAUGGGUGAUUUUUGUUCUCUUCAUCCACUUGAAUUGUAUGAACAAGUAACCACUCAAGGAGAAAAAGUUAGAGCCCUAAAAACUGAGAAAGCACCAAAGGAUGAAAUUGAUACAGCAGUUAAGUUAUUGUUGUCGUUAAAGAUGAGCUAUAAAACCGCAACAGGCCACGAAUAUAAAGCAGGUUCCCCUCCAACAGAUUUCACUCCAGUCAGUAAUGGUCCAGGCAAUGCUGAAGAAGAUGAUUUUGUAGACCCUUGGACAGUACAGACAUCAAAUGCAAAAGGAGUUGAUUAUGAUAAGCUUAUAGUUCGAUUUGGAAGCAGCAAAAUUGAUAAGGAUCUCAUCAAUCGGAUAGAGAGAGUUACGGGUCACAAACCACAUCAUUUCUUACGCAGAGGCAUUUUCUUUUCUCACAGAGAUAUGAACCAAAUUCUUGAUGCCUAUGAAAAUAAGAAGCCAUUUUACCUUUAUACGGGCAGAGGGCCGUCAUCUGAGGCAAUACACGUGGGCCAUCUUAUCCCAUUUAUUUUUACUAAGUGGUUACAGGAAGUAUUUAAUGUCCCCCUAGUCAUACAGCUGACGGAUGACGAAAAAUAUCUGUGGAAAGAUCUGACAGUAGAAAAAGCUUACCAGUAUGCUAUAGAAAAUAUCAAGGAUAUUAUAGCAUGUGGAUUUGACGUCAAUAAAACUUUCAUCUUUUCUGAUCUCCAUUAUUUAGGGCAGAGUCCAGAAUUCUACAAGAACAUUGUUAAAAUUCAAAAACACGUUACAUUCAACCAAGUCAAAGGAAUCUUUGGUUUUACAGACAGUGAUUGCAUAGGUAAGAUCAGUUUUCCUGCCAUUCAAGCGGCUCCAUCCUUUAGUACAUCAUUUCCACAAAUCUUCAACAAUAAGAAAGACAUCCAAUGUCUCAUCCCAUGUGCAAUUGAUCAGGACCCCUAUUUCAGAAUGACGAGAGAUGUGGCCCCACGAAUUGGCUACCCCAAGCCGGCCCUACUGCAUUCCGUCUUCUUUCCAGCCCUGCAGGGAGCACAGACGAAAAUGAGUGCCAGCGAUCCAAACUCCUCUAUCUUUCUCACCGAUACACCGAAGCAAAUUAAAACAAAGAUCAAUAAACAUGCAUUUUCAGGCGGCAAAGACACUGUUGAAGAGCAUAGGAAGUAUGGGGGAAACUGUGAUGUAGAUGUGUCUUACAUGUACCUCACCUUCUUCCUUGAAGAUGAUGACAAACUGGAGCAAAUCAAGCAGGCCUAUACAAGUGGAGCGCUGUUGACCGGAGAACUCAAGAAGACACUGAUAGAAACGCUUCAGCCCAUGAUUGCAACUCAUCAGCAAAGACGGAAACAGAUCACAGAUGAAAUGGUGAAGGAAUUCAUGACACCGCGAAAGCUGGCAUUUGAUUUUUAAUCCUCAAAGCAGAUGUUAGUAGAAUACAGUGGAUUGCUGCUAUCACAACCUCUUACAUGUUGCCUCUCCAUAAAUAAUGUUCAAGCUGCUGUCAGUGUUACUUCAAACAAAUUAUGUACAACGUUCUCCUUAUUCACCAUCACUGACUACUUGGGAAAAUAUUGUAUCUGUGUUAGGAGGAGCCAUAUGAGUUGCAAACUUGACUGCACUACUACAGGUUAGCGGGAUAACCUGAUCAUCUGCAAAAGAUUAUGUGUCUUGUUUCAUAGAACAUGCUAUUAAGAAAAGUGCUAACAUCACAUUAAUAAAGAUUUCAGUGUAAUGUGAGAUUCUGAUGCUUUAGGCUAGGCAUGAUUUUCUACCUGGUAGGAGUUUCUGUUUCAAAGUUAAGUUUAACUUUAUUUCAGUACAUUAUAUUUUUUUUCCUUUUCAGGUGUUUGAAUACAGUGGUCUUGACUGUAUGAUUGCAUUCUCAAAUUAUGCUGUGUUUGUGAGUUUCCCAGGCGCAGUCAUAUGGAUGUUCAUGUCUACAUUUCAAAGCAUUGAAUUGCAGUUUGGUUAAUAUUUUUCUGAAUGGUAGCUUUUCAGGACCUACACUGGCUGUACUGGACUUUGUGACAGAGUCUGGAUUUUGGCAAACCACAUACAUUCCUACUGCAUAAAACCUGGUGAAACUUACGAUAAUUGCUAGUUUUCAGGAAGAGCAUGGCCGCUGAGAGGUUACCACAAUAGAACCACAUAUACAAGUGUUAAAUCUUCAGAUAAAAGAACUGAAAAUCACCAAGCUGUGACUCCCAGAAACAAAUGAGUCUUUGUUUCUGUUUUAAUAUGUUUGUAACUAUUAAUAUUAUUUAUUUAUGUCCCUUGUUGUUCAUAUAAUACUUCAACAAGAGGUAGUCCACAGAAUAUACUGUAAUUGUAACUGAAUAUUUCAUACAAAGCAAGUUCUCAGGCUUGUGUUGAAAACACAGAGUUUGUGUAUUCCUUUAUUUGAAAUAGUGAGGAAUAAAGUUAGCCCGGCUGUAUAGUUUGUCAAA